AAACUAGAUUUUCAACUACAGCACCCAAUAAACUGAAAGGAGUCUUAUCUGUUACCGCAAUGUUUUGAAGUGAGCAAUGAAUAUUUGAUUGGAUUUCGACUUAAUUUGGCAGAAAUGUACCUACUCCCUAUUUUCAGAUCUGCUCCACGCAUAUUACAAACUAAUAGUUUUAGAGCUUUAUCAUCCUGCAAAUAUAAGAUGGCUUCCAUAAAACACAAGAAUGCGAAAAGAAUAGAAGGUCUGGACAAGAAUGUAUGGGUGGCCUUCACGUCAGUGGCAGCAGACCCUUCCAUUGUUAAUCUUGGACAGGGUUAUCCAGACAUCCCUCCUCCCUCUUAUGUGAAAGAGGGUCUCGCUCAGGCAGCAAUGGUAGACAGGCUGAACCAGUACACACGUGGCUUUGGCCAUCCAACACUGGUUAAAGCCCUGUCAAAAGUAUAUGGAAAAGUCUAUAACCGUCAGCUCGACCCCUUUAAAGAGAUCCUGGUAACAGUGGGUGGAUAUGGAUCUUUGUUCAGCGCUAUGCAGGCUCUAGUUGAGGAGGGAGAUGAGGUUAUUAUUAUAGAACCUUUUUUUGACUGCUAUGUUCCUAUGGUGAAAAUGGCAGGUGCCAAACCUGUUUUCAUACCUUUGCGACUGAAGUCACCCGCAACAACCAGUGUAAAUAGUGCUGACUGGGUUCUGGACCAGGAAGAACUUGCUAGUAAAUUCAACUCCAAGACCAAGGCCAUCAUCAUCAACACUCCUAAUAACCCUAUUGGAAAAAUAUUCAGUAGGAGCGAGUUGCAAGCGAUUGCAGAUCUCUGCAUCAAACACGACACACUGUGCUUCAGUGAUGAGGUAUAUGAAUGGCUCAUAUAUAAAGGCCAUGAGCAUGUAAAGAUAGCAACCCUCCCUGGAAUGUGGGACAGAACCAUCACUAUCGGCAGUGCAGGGAAAACAUUCAGCGUGACUGGAUGGAAGUUGGGUUGGUCAAUCGGGCCUGAACACUUGAUCAAACACCUGCAGACUGUAAUGCAAAACAGUCUCUAUACGUGUCCGACCCCAUUACAGGAGGCUGUUGGCCAGGGUCUUCUUCGGGACUAUGAGCUGAUGGGUCAACCCGACUGCUACUUUUCCUCUCUAGCAUUAGAGCUGGAAAGCAAAAGAGACCGUAUGGCAGCCAUGCUGAGACAGAUUGGCAUGACUCCAGUGGUCCCUGAGGGAGGAUACUUCAUGAUAGUGGAUGUCACAGCACUCAAUCAGGACCUGUGACAUAUGGGAGACGAAGAACCUUAUGACUACAAGUUUGUCAAAUGGAUGAUAAAAGAGAAGAAACUGGCUGCAAUUCCUGUAACAGCUUUUGUGGGGGAAGAUUCAGUAAAGCAGUUCGAGAAAUACAUUCGUUUGUGCUUUAUCAAGCAAGACAGUACCUUGGAUGCAGCAGAAGCCAUUCUGAAGAGCUGGAACAAAAGCUGAUUUGUGAAAGCCUGAUAAUCCAGUAAUAAAUGUGCAGCACCUGUCAGAUUUGUAAAAUAUUUUACUUGUAUAUCGUCGUUACAUCCUAUCACAAUGACUAAACAGUGAAGUGUCUUUUAGAGCUUGUUACAGUUUUCUGGAUCAGUCACUUUUAAAACUUGUUGGGAUUAUGAUUCAAUUUUAAAUUAAUAUUUUGUCACAGGCUUCUAGUUGUAUUACAUUUACUGAAUUUAAUGCUUGUAUAAAUAAAAUCCUCUCUAUCUGGGAAGUCACAA